AUGAAGUUUCUCUGUCUUCCAGGUGCCUAUGGCAGUGCCAAGAACUUUCAGGUCCAGCUUGGCCCAUUUGUAGCGGAAGCCGAAAAGAGAGGUACUGCUCAGUUUCGGUGGACCCAGGGCGCCUACAAGGCCACACCUCCUCCUGGAUUCGAGGACUACUUUGGGGCAGGGCCCCUGUUCCGCUUCAUCGACUAUGAUGGAAUGGAUGCGUUUGAUCUCAUCGAUAAGAUUCGAGAUUUUCCAGAAGGCACUAGUGCCGAAGAGACAAUGAGAGCGUUGAUGGGCAACGAUGCAGCGAGUGCUGUAGAGAGCGUCCGCAAGACUCUACAAAUGCUUCUUGAUAUCAUAGACGAAGACCCAGAAAUUGAGGGUAUCUUAGGCUACUCAGAGGGGGCAACCACGGCGGCGAGUCUCAUCCUAGAAGAGCGUGACAGGUGGGAGAAACAAGGUCGGCCAAGGCGAAUCAAGCGAGCGAUCUUUUUUGCAGGAUGGCCGCCACUAUCUUUGGCUGAUGGUAAGGUUCGAGUGCUACUCGCAGAUGAAUGUGAAGAUGUCAUUGAUGUGCCGUCCCUUCACAUUGUCGGGUGUAGUGAUCCUUACAUACUUGGUGCUAUGGCUCUAUUCAACAUGUGUGACGAAGACUCGGCUGAGCUCUUCGAUCACGGCAAGGGACACACCGUACCGCGGGACGCUCGCACCAUUCAAGAGCUGGUCGAUGCCAUAGCUCGGUUGACGAAGAAAACAGAAACCUGGGACAACAGCACAAUCAAGCUUGUUGAUGUCAAACCUGAUGAAGUGGGAAAUAGUGGUGAGCAACGCGAUAUCAAGGGCUCAGUAGUAGCUGCCGUCACUUUGCCCGUAGGCGCUGCCUGA